AUGGCCAGGUCCUCUCCUAUUGCUCCCAACGUCGGACGUCUGUCUCGUUCGCAGGUCGCUGCCAAGAGGGGUCUCUACAAGGGCAAGAAGACCGGUACCGCUCCCGCCAAGGAGGAGAAGCCCACCACCGUCGAGAAGUCGAUCGGAGGUGCCAAAAACGGCGAGAAGAGGACCAUCUCGACCGACAAGGCCCAGAAGUACUACCCCGCCGAGGAUGUCCGAAAGCCCAAGGCUUCCCGAAAGACCCCUGGCACCACCCAGCUCCGAUCUUCCAUCACCCCCGGAACCGUCUUGAUCUUGUUGGCUGGACGAUUCAGGGGCAAGAGGGUCGUUUUCUUGAAGCAAUUGGACAGCGGUCUGUUGCUCGUUAGCGGACCUUUCAGGCUCAACGGAGUUCCCCUCCGACGAGUCGGCCAGGCCUACGUCAUUGCCACCUCGACCAAGGUCGACCUCGCUGGCGUCUCUGUUCCGGAGACCGUCAACGAUGCCUACUUCACCAAGUCGAAGGCCGGAAAGGAGGGCAAGGAGGACCAGUUCUUCGGAGACAACAAGGAGAAGAAGCUCUUGUCGGACGACAGGAAGAGCGAGCAGAAGACCGUUGAUGCCGCUCUCCUUGCCAACAUCAAGAAGGUCGACAACCUCUCCAAGUACUUGAAGUCUACCUUCAGCCUCUCCAGGGGUGACAAGGUUCACGAGCUCAAGUUCUAA